CUCCGUAGAAGCGAAAAGUCACGUGGGCUUGAAAAAAAUUUCGAUAUAAUUGAAAAGAAACGUUUCAAUUAUAAUCCAUGUUUGUAUAUUUUCCACGUUGCAAUCAUUCUGAUGAUCCGAUCAUUUAUUAUAUCGGUCUCGUUUGAACGGAAGAAUUUAAUAUUAGAAAAUAAACAUCGGCUAUGUUGAUCAUCCAAUCAAAUUUCCUCGGAAAUUAUUUAGAGGGAUACAUGUGUGGUACAAAACGCAAUUGGUAAGUUAACGCAAAACGGUUUCCUUUGCUGUAAUGGAGACCCCAUUAAAUUCUACAAACAUCAUAUUUCAAGACGAUACGGAAUUACAGGAUUUGUUAAAACAAAUCAAUGAUGCCAAAACUGAACUACAACUUACCAAAGACGAGGUGGAGCAAGUAAACAAAGAUGUUAAGAAAUGCAGAGAGGAGAUGGACCGAAGGAUAAUGAUGAUGGUCCAGGUGGACGAAGGCCUCUGGAAUUCACUGCUUGAACUGGACGCUCUCAUGCAGGAGAAGAAAAGUCUCGCCAAUCAGUUAGAAGAUUUCACUUUGAAUGAGACUGUGGAGUCAAAGCAAGCUCUUGUGAGAAGUUUGCAGGAGGAGGAAAGCGGCCUGCUGGAGCAGGAGCGUAAUCUGAAGCUCAAACGUGAGCAGCUGCUGAAAGCACUGGCGGAAGCUUCUCCAAACAUAGAGGAAGUUUCACAGGGUGAAAAUCUAGGCAAACAAGGCUCAUCCAGCCAUAGUAAGUCUGAAAAGCCAGUGAGAAAAAGAGGAGCACGGAAGUGAACACAUUACAAAAAUGCAACGCAACAUUUAUUUUUGAUAUUUAGUCAAAUUAAUCUGCAAUAAAGAUGUAAAACUAUACUGACUUUUUUCCAUCUUGUACUUUAUUUCUAAGAAUUAAAAAUGUUAAACUGCUAAAAAUGUUCAUCAAAGGUCAUUGCUGUAAUGAUUCAAAAUAUUGUCCUUUUGCUGAAUUUUCAAAUUUUAGCCUGGAGACACCUUCGGGGGGACAGUUAAAAGAAAAUAAAAUGUUCAA